AAUAACCUAACGCUGAAAACUAUUGCUCUUAUAUUCUAAACAGUACGGUAAAAUGUCCCCUUUCGGUAAGUUUCGUUUUCCUGCAGUGAGAUAACGCUUGGCUGUAUGCUGCUCACAAGCAUCAUGUGGACUCAGGAUUUUCUCAAGUACAUGGCUGAAAGCACAGAUUUUUUUAUUGAUCUGCAUUUAAGAAACACCACACUUGUCAUCGAUGGCAACAGUUUGUACCGCAGACUGUAUUUAGUUUCAUGCUUUGAUCAACAGCGUGGGGGAGAAUAUGAAUCCUUUUCUCAUCGCAUCCGUAAAUUUUUUAGGGCCCUCUUCCUCUGUAACAUACGCCCCUUUGUUGUGCUGGAUGGCAGUAUGGAUCACACCGACAAGAAGUUCAAGAUUCUCAAGCACCGAGCCCAAACUAACAUUACAGUGGCUCACGCCCUGUCAACAGGAUCUCGGGGGACAAUCCUACCUGUCCUUGGUAAAACUGUGUUCAGGCAGGUCCUGUCUGAAAUGCAGGUGCCAUUUGUUCAGUGCAUUGCAGAGGCUUCGAGGGAAAUAGUGUCCCUGGCCAACCAGUGGAAUUGUGCAGUGCUGACCAUGGACAGCAUCUUCUACAUCUUUGAUUUGAAGGGAGGGUGUAUCCCCACAAAUUAUUUUUGCUGGGACAAUGUGAAAGCGUGUAAGAAGACUUCGGAGAGGUACAUAGAUGCUCGGCUCUUCUCCAUCAAUAGAUUCUGUACACACUUCAACCACAUGAAUAAAGAGCUUCUACCACUGUUUGCUACCAUGGUCGGUUAUACUGCCAUGGCUAGCCAUGAUUAUACUAAUCUACAACACAUCAUGGAGACAUUCUUCAUCCAGGCCAAUUUCCCAGAAGGGCCACGCAAGUCCAAAGAUAGGACCCAUGAUUGCAUUGACAGCCUCCUUCACUGGUUGGCUCAGUUCACAGGUCCACAGGCGGCCCUGAAAGGGGUGCUGGAAGUUCUUGGAGGUGCCCACAGUAGAAGGUAUGUCCACUCCCUCCUCUCCUCUGGAUUGAAGUACUACCAGCUCUCUGCCAGCAACCUGGUCCCAUUCUUCACAGAGGGAGCCCCACAGUCCAACAUGCCAGAUGGCAUUAGGGCCUUGCCAACAUGGAUCCUCCUGGCACUGGCUAAGGGGCAAUUGGGCUUCUUCAUCCUAAAUGUACUGGUGUUGCGAAGAGUGAUGCUGUACAGUCAAGUUGAGGAUUUCCAGCUGCCAAGUUGCAACACAACCUCACAUCCCAUUCGCCAGGUUCUAUACAGCCUGUUACUUCAUGGGAAGCAGAAGCAAACUGACAGAAAGAUGAGCCUUGUGGAUGCAAGGGUGAACUUGUGUUCUGCUUACUGUGUACAGGAGUUUGGGAGACAGGGUCUGUUUCUGAAGCCAUCUUCUGUUCCUGCUGAGCUGAUAAAAACUGUUCUGUACCUACCUUUGGAGAGCCUGAACAAGGUGUGGGUCCAGAUCCGGCUUGAGUUCCUAUUGGAGACUCUGAAAGUGAAACCAUCUUUGCUACGGCUGGUGCCCUCUCACCUACAUCUACCUGUGUGCGUAACCUGUUUUUGGCUGACUCAUGCUGAGCCCAGGCCAGAUCUGCAGCAUCUUCAAGCAUUGCUGUUGGGAUUUGUGUUUGGAGAGCUCAGUCGAGUGAAAAUCCAAGAAGGACAGACCAAGUGGGGCCGGGACCUGGCGGCAGUCUGGAAGAGGCUGAACCAGUUGCGGGUGAAAAGACAGAGAGACAAGGGGCCUGACCCAGGUGUGGCCCACACUUUUUGCCAAUGGCAAUCCUGCCUCCGGAUGAGCCUUCUCCUGAACCAGCUGCUCUGCUUUCCUCUGCCGGAGCCUGAGUGUGCCUGGUUGUACAGGGGGACACUGGUGCACCAAGUGGUGAAGGAGAUGAAAGAGGGAAAGGCCCCAGAAGACCUGUUGCAGGGACCCCAUCUUCCUGGACAACUCUUCAGAGACCUGAUGGGGGCUGUACAGAGCUCUGUGGGUGCAGGCUUCUUCACGAAAAAGUGGAGGAAGACAGGCCAGCGACAAGCUCAAGAGCAGCAGCAGAAUCAUACAGAGAGUCCCCAGGCCACCCAAGACACCAGCAACAGCUCUGCACAGCUGGAAUGUGACGAUGACAGAGAAAAUGAAGAUAAUUAUGAUGGUGAUGACCAUGGCGAUGAUUGCGAUGACGACGAUAGUAAUGAUGAUGACCAGGAAGAGGAUCAGCAGUGCUGGGAACCAGCCAGCCCAGUCCGAGUGCGAUUCGUGACCACGUGUCGGACUAACCGGACUCGAGACCGUGUGAGAGUGAGAAAACCACACCGGGUAAUGUGGUAAACAAAGACAAUCCCUUUGCCAUGCCAAUUUAACAACUGUCAAAAAUGCUAUGCGAUACUUUAUACGAUGCGUUACUUUAUACGAUGCGUUUUAACAGAAAUAAGAAUAUUGUAAUUGGCCUAAUAGAGUGUAUUGUUGGAACCACUGAAAAGUAUAGCAGAUUAUGCACAGCAGUAAAAAGCCUUUUGACUAUUGUUCUAAUCUGCCCUUUGGCUCAACAAUGCUCAGGGAUACCACCAAAACCUUUGUUCAAGAAACCAGAAUUACCAAGAAUCCACAUCAUUGCAAUAUAAUUGACCUCAGAUGCCUCACUGAUUUUAAUCAGAAAUAACCACCAUUAAAGCAUGAUCUUUACCUUCCGCCUGUGUUAGAACUACAAAGACCCCAACAAGAUGGGAUUGUCUAGGUCCACUGAGUUUGGGAAAAGUUUUUUCAGUCAAAGCAACAGCCUUGUCGAAUUCUGUAUUAUUUAUUAUGGAGUAUUAUGUAGUGUACAAGUCUCAGGGUUUGCAGAAAACUAAAGUAUGGAUCAAAACAAAGAAAUUAUGUGACCAUUAAUAUUUUACAUUGUAUAGUGACCAAGUAAUUUACAUGGAUGUGUGUGUGUAAUGCAAUAUUGCAUUAUGCAUCUUUUAUUUAGUUUUCCUGCCCAUGGAGAACAGGCAAAAUUUUGCUUUAUAGCCAACUCUGGUGAGCUUGAUGCGAUUGUGCAACAACACAUAGAAUACAAUAAGGAAAAUAAAUAAGGUGUAUUCAAUCUUUUA